UUAGUAUUGCAAAGCAAUAUAUAAGCCAUAAUAAAUGUGUGAAUCAUGCAUCAUUGUUAAAAAAAAGACCAAUUUCAAUCGCCUCUCUCAUGAUUCUAUUUAAAAUAUUGUAGCGUGAUUUUACGUAUGGCAAUUUGCUCGUGGUUGUUGACCGCGCGAAUGAAAUUCUGAGAUUUUCUCAAAUCUUCGGGAGAGAGCAAGAGCAAAAGAGCACGAUUUUUGCAGAGCAAUGUGAGGUAGCUGUCAAAAUAACGAAGUCAUAAUCAUUUGAAACGCACAACAGCAGACUGAAAAUUGGGAAAACGUUGAACCCAAGCUGAGUUUUAUUGUCAUUGGUGAUAGGAAAGCUUCAAAUCAACUAGUCGUGUGUUUGUCGGUGAAUGAAAAUGGAUAAAUUUCUGCGGUUUUUCAUCAAAUUCCAUGGUUAUUGUAUUUGCACGGUGAGCAGCAUUCUGACCCCAUUGUUUACGGCCCUGAUGUCGACUGUCGGCCACACUCGAUACGAUUUAAUCGAUUUACGUUUCACGGGGAUACCGGUUCUGAUACUAGGAAUCGCUUGGAUGAUUGCCAACAGCUUGCUAAUCAUCGGAAUCGUUAAGGAAAGGAAGACGUUUCUCUACCCGUUCUGUGUUCUGUUUUUGAUUGAGCUGUUCAUGGUGGUGCUGCGUGAUAUGUAUUUGGUGAUUUCCGGAGAUGGCUGGUACAAAACGGCCUUUUUCAAUGUGACCCUACCUCUCCUGUUGUUUAUCGUACCGUACGUCGUGCUGAGCAUGAUGGCGCUGAUGAGAUUAUUCGAUGUGGAUCCGAUUCAAAAAACCGAUGACAACUUUGUGCGAUUCGACAGAGACGGCCCGGAAGAGGUGGACCGAGUUACCAUCGGGGGUUGAGACUGAUUUGACAGCGUGCAGUGCCAUUCUACUACAGACUUAAAGGGUCUCGAACUGUGGUAUGUGUAGGGUAAGAAGAGAAGAUUUACUUGUCAACGGAUGAACUAAUUUAUUCAAAAUGUUUGAAUAAUGAUUAACAAUCAAAUAUCAUAUUAACGCAGACUAUUACUUAAAAAAAAGAAAGCAGCUUUGAAGAUGAUAUUGAAAGUAAGAAGGUGAAAACAGUUUGAUCAUUAUCACACCAGAAUCUCGAGAAUCUGGAUUAAUAUGUUUGACUGUUUUAGGCACAAAUGCAAUAGCUAACAACGCGUUUGGUGGUCCAUGUAGCUUUACGUGUACGAAUACCGUGUGUUCUUGAUAUAACGAACCUUAAGUAGAGAUUUUGUGAUACACUAAUCUAGAUCUAAUUCGUAUUUUUACUUCUGUUUCUAACUUUAAAGUGCGUUAUUUAAAACCAUAGUUUCAAAUGUACAAAAAUAAUUAUUUUUCUUAGCAUUGAUCAUACGUUUAUCUUUCUGUUUUGAAUUUUAAUCCAAAUUUUGAAAUUAAAAGAAUCCACUUAUUGCAUGAAAGUAUGCAGCUCAAAACAACUGAAUGUUGAUUUUAUUGUGACGACUACAUCAAGUUAGUAAUGAUUGAAUCUUUUAUUGAAUAUACAAUCAAAAACAA